AAGGUUUCGUGGAACGUACGAGUGGCUAGACGACGGAAAACUUAGACUACUACAAAGCUCCAGACCAUCCGCAACGACCUAACCAUGGUGGCAACAACGACUCCCUCCCAUAAACCCACGACACAAGCAUAUGCACAUCAUUGGAGGGCUUUGCUGUUGCUACUCAUAACUGUGCAGCUCGUCGAGAAAGUGUUGUUCAUCGACGCCAGUGAACCGUCCAAUGCCAUUCCCCGAUGGCCAGCGCUUGACUACAAAUCCGAUCGCGCAUUCUAUCCACUGAUGGUAUCCUUUUCGCGCUAUCCUUUCCACGAUGUGUACGAGACGAGCCCGGUGAUCCUAGCCGCCCCUAAACUGUCCCAGAAGCCUACUUCUGUUCCGAUCGCUGGUCGAUCGGGUUUUCCGAAACAACGGAAACAUUUCUACCCAUUGGGAUCGGAACAGUUUCCGCGCAACUGGCGACACCAAGGACAAGUGCGAAAACCGACGAAGAACGUUUGCCAGGGUUUGCUUUACUUGCCGCAGCAGCUGGAAGCAUCCGGACGGAGAAUGUUACCGUUGAAGAUGCGCAAACUGUUAAAAUAUUGUGGAUUUAUUUAAUGAACAGCAGUCGUGUAGUGAUACAGCUCUUAGAGAAUUCAGAUGUA